AGUGUAACAGAUGCUUAUCAAGCAGCGGAUUAUUCUUCGUAUUCAGCUGUAGCCGAUGACAAACUUGGGGCAGAGAAAGUAUUACUCAAUUCAAAUAUCGAGGUACUUCAGAAUAGCAGACGUUAUUUGAACACCGUUUAGUUUCCUGCGUUGCACCCUUUCCGCACUCGGUUGGGACUGGAUUCAAAGUGUUCGAAACCAUUGACCGACUGAGAACUGAGGCUGAUCCCGGGACACCAUGGCGCUAAUAAAAGUGCAGACAGUGGAAGAGGAGAUGAAGAGAAAUUCGGAGCUGAAGAAAUCCGAUUUACAAAUGCUGAGAGAUUGGUGCAAAAAGCAGCCUCACUUGCCACCGGUCUCGGACACUGAUCUGACAUUGUUCUUACACAGCAACUAUUACCGACUCGAAAGUACAAAACUAACGAUCGACGCAUUCUACUCCGUUAGGACCCACAUACCGGAAUUGUUUUCCAAUCGUGAUCCACUCGGCGAGAAGGGACUUCGAGAAAUAAUGAAAGUCAUGUGCUGCAUAUUCCUACCAGGAACUACACCGGAAGGCUACAGAGUGAUACUAGCGAAAACCAUAGAUCCUGAUCCUUCCCGUUACGUCUUAGCGGAUGUUAUAAAGCUCGCUUCCAUGGUCAUGGAAUUACGGCUCUAUACUACGGGAACUAGUUCAGGAUACGUAAUCAUUCUCGAUAUGGACGGUACCGUAUUCGGUCACGUGGCUCGCAUGAAUCCCAUGGUCGUUAAGAAGCAUCUUUAUUACGUGCAGGAGGCACUUCCCAUCCGACUGAAGAGUGUUCACAUCAUAAAUACGGCACCAUUCGUGGAGAUACUCAUGAAUAUAGCAAAGCCUUUUAUGAAAAAAGAGCUCAUGAACAUGAUUUUUCUGCACUCAAGUGUAGAUACUUUGAACAAACGGAUCCCCGUUGAUCUCUUGCCGAAUGAUCAGGGUGGCAAAGCUGGUCCUUUGAAGGACUUGUGGGCCGCUGAGUUGAAGAACCUGGAGGAACACCGUGCCUGGUUUCUCGAAGAGGACAUGCGCAAGGUUGACGAAUCCCUUCGUCCUGACAAGGCAAAAAACAUCACGGACAUUUUCGGGAUCGAAGGAAGCUUUAAGAAACUAGACAUUGAUUACGAGCUCAAGCCAAUCGAUAACAUCAUGGUGUUGAUGAAAAUGGUGACCAUGGAAGAGGAAAUGAAAAAGAAUUCAGAAUUGAAGGAAUCUGAUCUGGAUAUACUGAGAGACUGGUCUAAGAAACAACCUCAUCUGCCUCAUCCAAUAUCAGACGGCGAACUGAUACUGUUUCUUCACCGUAAUUAUUACCAAAUAGAGCCGACGAAACCAACGAUCGACACAUUCCACACAGUCAGAACCCAUGCUCCCGAUUUCUGCUCGAACCGUGAUCCGUUGAAAUCAAAGAAUCUUCGAGAAAUCAUGAAAGUCUUGGGUUGCGUGCCGCUGCCAGGAGCCACGCCUGAAGGCUGGAAAAUGAUGCUAGUGACACUCUUAGACUACGAUCCUUCCCGUUACGCCUAUGUUGACGCUAUAAAGCUUCUUAGCAUGGUCCUGGAACUGUGGCUCUUCACUGAAGGCACUGUUCCAGGCCAUGUAGUCAUAUUUGACAUGACCGGCGUCACGAUGGGACAUUUGGUCCGCAUCAGUCUUACGGUAAUGAAAAAAUUCCUCUACUACAUGCAAGAAGCACUUCCCAUGCGGCUGAAACACGUACACUUUAUAAAUACGUCGCCUAUCGCUGAUGUAGUGCUGAACAUGAUGAAGCCGUUCAUAAAAAGUGAACUCCUCAAUCAGUUCUCCCUGCACACCGAUUUGGAAUCUUUUAGCAAAAAGAUCCCGACUGAUGUCUUACCAAACGAACACGGCGGGAAAGCUGGUCCCCUGAAAAAUCUUUGGGCGGAUGAACUGAGGAAAGUCGAGGAACAUCGUGCCUGGUUUUUGGAAGAAGACAAACGCAAGGUGAACGAAAAUCUUCGCCCUGGCAAGGCGAAAAAUGCGACAGAUCUAUUUGGGGUUGAAGGGAGCUUUAAGAAGCUGGACAUCGAUUAGCUUGUGCAUGUGAAAUUGUACGCCACGUUUGUAUGUACAAAUAAAAUAAGUACCCCGUUCUAAAA